UGUAACGGUAGGGAAUAUCCUGAAAACAUAGUCUGGAUAGGGAGCGACUAGUAUAUCUCUUGCUACAAGGACAAUUCUGCCGAUAAAAUUGUGAUCAUUUCAAUUAUAUACUGCCGUCGAAUACAUCAUAAGUAUUGUCCCAGCACAUCGCAAUUAAUUUCUAUAGAGUUCGGCUGAUCCAUUAUUAUAAAAUAUGGGUAAACAUUUGCAGACUGUUGCAGCCCUUGCCUGCAUGAAAACCCUCCUGAUGGUUUUUAACUUCAUAUUUUGGAUUUCUGGAAUUGCCAUUUUGGCAAUUGGUAUAUGGAUGGAAGUGGAACUUUACAAAUACAUGGAAAUGAGUACUGAAUUCAGUGGAACUGCCCCGUAUGUUCUAAUAGGGACCGGGUCCUUAAUUUUAGUGAUAGGUUCAUUGGCGUGUUGUUGUACUGUUAAAGGGCAACCAGUACUGCUAUAUGUGUACGGAGCCUUUUUAGCCAUCGUUUUUGUUCUGGAACUGGGUGCUGGCAUAUCCAUAUUCGCAUACCGUUCGAAGUUGACUGAAGGCUUCGACAAAGGACUUACUCGUGUUAUGGUGAAUUAUCAUAACGACAGUAACUCCCAAGUCUCUUCUGAUUUGGAUCUAGUUCAGGAAACGUUGAAAUGCUGCGGUAACCAUAAUGCAAGCGAUUGGCUAAAUCUUCCUCACAGGAUGCCCAUUCCAUCUUCUUGCUGCAUUCAGGAUGGAUGUAGAACUGAAGAGAAGUAUCAUGAAAUAUACACGCAGGGUUGCUAUGAAAAAGUAAUCGACUUUUUGAAUAAAAACUUCAAAGUUGUUGCUGGCGCCGCUAUAGGAAUCGCCUUCUUCCCGUUAGUAGGAGUAAUUUUAUCCUGCUGCCUAGCAAGUGUUAUAAACAAAACUAAAUAUGAACCAAUGGCUUAAGACUUCAAUUCACUACAAUAACGCACACAAAGGACAAGCCAGACAACGUAAAACAUCAAAAUAUUACUUUUCAACGAUUAGACUAAUAUUCAAGUACUUUAUACAUAUGUAUUUUAUAAGUACACUUUGCAAACUUUUUUUGUUCCAUUUGUUACAUUUUUUCAUUUAUUGCAACAUUUUUUUAAAUGAAAUAUGUCGUGCCCACAUACAUUUUAAUAAAGUCAUUUUAGGUUGAAAAUAACAUAACUAAAUAAGUAUAUCCUUCACGAUGUUAAAAACACCGCUAGUAUAAAAUUUAUAAAUUAAGUCAAGACUUAAGCUAUUAUGCUUUCUUUGUUCUAAAUAUACGUAACUAUUAUUUUCUAAUUUUGAAGUAAAUUUAUGGCGUUAGCAUAUUUAUCAAUUUUUUAUUAGUAAAGGAUAUAUAUUACCAAAUAAUACAAAUUAUUCAUUAUAAUUAUUACUUUGCUUUAAUUCAAUACUGGACAUAUAAAUAGAAGAGCAUACAAAUCAUUUUUUACGCAGGUCUUUGUUUGUGUUUAUUAAAUAAUGUUGUUAUUUCGAAUUGCCUUAUUAGUACAUCUACUCUAUAGUGCAAAGCUGCAUAAUUUUGAAUCCACUUUAAUGGCUUUGAUGAAUUUAACCUUUAUUAUAAUCCAUACAUCUCAAUUUAUUUUCAGCCUUUCAGUUGUUAACUUUUAAGCCCUUCAAACCCCGUCAUUUCGGCACGUCUGAAUCCCCAUUUAUGUCCUGCUUCCAUUCCUUUAUUAUCCAUCGGGGAUAACUCCAUUUCAUGGUAUUAAAACAAAAGCAUUUGCAUUCACUGUGUUUAAAAAAUACAAGUACCUACUUGAUAGUUAAAAUUAUAGUUUCCAUUCUUAUUGCUAUUUAGAUUAGAUUCUAACUAAUUUUACCUAUAAUUUGUUUUCUUAAUAGUAUUAUUUUUUGCUGACUGACAUUUUUAAGUUGUUUAGAUCUUUUCUAGACUCCACUCAAUUAAAGCUUUCUAGAAACAGAUAUAUUUUCUAACUCGUUUGCUCAUCACUGAAACCUAAGGUAUUUUUGACCGCAGAGUGAGAGUUACAUAAUGUCCUAAAAAACUAUAUUUUUGAAGUUUUAAACUGUAUAUACCUAUGUAAGGAAAUAUUUACUAAAUAUGGAAUGCCAAUUUAACGUAAUUUCUAAUAUUAUCAACAUGUGAAGAGCAUUCCAUAUUUUUAUAUAAGUAUAUAAUAUACUAAUUUGCACAAAAAUAUAUUAUACAUUAUAUGCACUUUACUAAUUCCUAUAUUUCAAUGUAUAUCUUAAGCCUCUGUAUCUUUAUAUUAGUAAUAAAAUAAACCAUUGUAAAA